GAAAGAGCAGUUUAUGACCUUAAGACUUGAAAAUGUCCGACAGAGAGUUGAUCACAGGUGCUGCCUCAGACAGAGAAUAUGAUACUGAGAAGUUGGACCUUGGCGAGGAAGAGGAGGAGGAGAAGUGCACAUGUCUGACAGCAGAGAAGAAAGAGAAGACCCUGUCUCUCCAGGAGCUGGAGGAGGUCUUACACUCCGCUCCACGCUCCUGUCGCCAUGGAGAUGAGGUGUGGCCGUGCCUGUAUCUGGGAGACAUGGUCAUGUCUCAUGACAAGUUUGGGCUCUGGCGGCUGGGCGUCACUCACGUGUUAAACGCUGCUCAUGGUAAACUGUGCUGUAAGGGCAGUGAUGAUUUCUAUGGAACCACAGUGAAGUACCAUGGAGUCCCAGCCAGCGACCUGCCGACGUUUGACCUCUCACCCUAUUUCUACCCCGCGGCUGAGUUUAUUCACCAGGCUUUGACAUCCGGAGGAAAGGUGUUGGUGAACUGUGCUGUGGGUGUGAGUCGCUCCGCUGCAUUGGUCCUUGCCUUCCUGAUGAUUCAUCACCACCGCAGCCUUCUGUCCGCCGUACGCUGCGUGCAAGAGAAACGCUGGAUCUUCCCAAACAGAGGCUUUCUGAGACAGCUCAUAAUCCUGGACCGAAAACUGCAGCACACAGAUAUGAAUGAGCCAAAAUAAAACAAGGCAAGAAAUCUAUAAGAAAGCGGACUUGUGUUUGUGUCUCGUGAAGACGUUUCACAUCUCAUCCAAGAGGCCCUUUCAGUUCUAACAGACUAAUGGGAGGUUUCAGGUAUCAAAACUCUCUGGGUCUUCCCCUAUGGUUGCGUUUCAACAGCAGGAACAUUCCCCUGGAGGUGGGAACCUUUGCAGCAACUUCUUGAGUUUCAACCAGAGGAACCUGGGCCCAAAUCUUUUUGGGCCAAGUGCAGGGGGGCUCUCCCCUCACUCGUCCUCCUCUGACGUGACCUCAGUCUGGUCAUCUGGCAUCUGUGAGCAGACCGGUCAAUGCAGCAGCUCCAUUAAAAAACUCCCCAUCCAGGCGGAGAGAACACUCUGAAACACAGGGAGC